AUGGCGACAGAUGACAUUACGAUCCCACAACACGUGGCCAUCGCAGAGGCACCCCGCGAUGUCGAAGCCAUCAAGAAGCAAGAGAAGGCUGCUCUACUCUCACAUUGGGAUUCUGAUGUUGCGUUCAAGCUCGGUUGCAACCUCCGCACACGCCUGCUUACCUUUGAGCGACCAGCGGUUGUAGAUAUCUCUACCAUCAGUACACCAGGCCAUGUGCUUUUCCACGCCACAACACACUCCGGCACCGCCCUAGAUAACGACUUCUGGGUCAGCCGGAAACGCGCAGCUGUCAUCCGCUUCAACGCGAGUACAUGGCGUCUGCAGAACCAAUUUGAGGGCGAUGAGGAGAAGUUCAAGGCCAAGAUGGGACUCGGCGAGACGGCGAAAGACUAUGCAAUCCAUGGUGGCGGUGUGCCCAUCUUCAUCAAGAACUGUGAUGGACCCGUCGCGGUAGUUGUUGUAAGUGGAUUGAAGCAGUGGGAUGACCACCAAGUCGUGAUUGAGGAGCUGGGUAAGCUUUGCAAAGAGAUGGAGAAAGGAAACGGCAGUACGCCAGUCUAG